AAGAUAUAUAUACCAAUUUUAUAAAAAGGGCCUUAAAGAAAGAAGGUAAUAGCCUUGGAGCAUCCGUCUCUCUCUCUGCCAGAGUCUCAUUUGCCUAUUAUCUGCUUAUAGCACCCCCCCCACUCUAUCUCUUUCUCUCUCUCUCUCUCUUGCCCUGAAAUAGAGGAAGUAGAGUCACCCAGAGGAGUUUUAAUGUCCACCCACCGCUUCUGAACAUCUCUCUCACAUUUCAAGACUGAGCAUUGUUGUUGGGUCUUCAACUUUUAUCUGCUAGCUCAGAGACCCAGACCCAUUUGUUUUCUCUGUGUUUGCUUUCGAAACACCCCAAAAGAAAGAACAGAGGAGACCCCCUUUUGUGCCACUCUUUUAUGUUUUAGCUGCCUCUGUUUCACAGAUCUACUAGCAACCGUUUUUCUCUUUCCGUUCUUGUAACCUUCUGUUUGUACCAUUUGAGUGGAAGCUAUGAGUAAAGAAGAGUUCUUGAAGAUCCAGAAAUGUGUUCUCAAAGUGAACAUACACUGUGAUGGAUGUAAGCACAAAGUGAAGAAAAUCUUGCAAAAAAUUGAUGGGGUUUUCACCACCGACAUAGAUGCAGAGCAGGGGAAGGUGACAGUCACUGGGAAUGUAGACCCAGCAAUUCUCAUCAGGAAGCUUGCGAAAUCAGGUAAACAUGCAGACCUCUGGGGUGCUCCAAAGGCCAACAAUAACAACCAGAACAACAUGGCUAACCAGUUCAAGAACAUGCAAAUUGACAAUGGCAAAGGAGGGAACAACAAAGGUGCCAAGGGAGGUGGUAAUAACCAGCCCAAAGGUGGGCAACCACCAAACCCGCAGCAGCAGCAACAGCAACAGCAGCAGCAGCAGCAACAUAUUCAGCAGCUUCAGCAACUUCAGCAUCUUCAACAACUUCAGCAACUACAACAGAUGAAAGGGUUCCAGGGUCUGAAUCUGCCCCAAUUCAAGGACAUGAAAUUGCCCGCCGCCAAGGACCAGGCCCCAAGCCAGAAGACAGUGAGGUUCGACGUGCCUGAGGACGAUGAUGACUUUGAUUAUGAUGACGAAUAUGAUGACGAGGAUUUGGAAGAUGACGACUUUGAGGAUGAGUUGGAUGAUCCCCAUCAUCCCCUCAAUAAGAUGAAACCUAUGAUGGGUAAUGUCCAGAAGCCUAACAUCAUGAUGAUGAAUGGUAUGAUGAAUGGAAAUAAUCCACAGCUCAUGAACGCUCAGAAGGGUGGGAAUGUUGGGGGUAAUGCCAAAAAAGGUGGUGGUGGAGCUGUGCCCAUUCAGGUGAAUGGCAUGGGUGGUGGGAACAAUGACGGCAAAAACGGUAUUGGGGGAAAGAAGGGUGGUGGUGGAGGAGGAGGUGGAGGUAACAAUCAGAAUCAAGGCGGCGGUGGUGGGAAAAAUGGUGGCAAAAACGGCGGUGGCUUGCCCCAAGAUGCUAAAAAUGGUAACGGUGGUGGUGGGGCAAAUAACAAUAAAAAUGUUCACCAUGGCGGUGGUGCUAAUGGAAACAACGGUAAUGGCAACGUGGGUAAAAAGAUUGUAGGUGAUGGGGUUCAUCCUAUGAACAAUAAUGGGUUGCACAACAUGGGUGGCCCUCAUCCUCAUGCUAUGGCUGGAGGUAAUCAUAUGGGUCAUCAUAUGGCCAACAUGAACAUCCCAAUGGCCAGCAUGCCCAUGGGCCAAAUGGGUAAUAUCCCGGCCGUCCAAGGCCUUCCGGCGGCCGCCAUGAACGGCGGUAGCGCCGCUGCCUACUUCCAAGGGGCUGGGCCGGAGCCCAUGCCUGGCAAUCCAAUGAUACAGCAGCAGUACUUGAACCAAUUGAUGCAGCAGCAGCGAGGAAUGGGGAACGAAAGGUUCCAACCUAUGAUGUAUGCCAGGCAGCCUCCGCCGAUGAAUUACAUGGCGGCGCCAUACCCAUACCACCAGCAGCCUCAGCCUCACCCGGAUCCUCAAUACACCCACUUCUUUAGUGAUGAGAACACCUCAAGUUGUAAUGUGAUGUGAAAAUUCGGCUUGAAAUGUUGCUUGCUGCUGUGGGUUAAUUUGCUAAGUAAGUUUGUGGUGGAGCUCUGCCGGUUCAGUCUUUUGGGGAGGCCAUAUCAUAUCAUACUUGGAAAUGGGUUUCAAUUUUCAGUUUAAUUUCCCUUUUUCUUUUUUCUUUUUUCCUUUAAUUUCCAUGAAUCCUUGGUUCAAUCUUAGGGUUUUGAACUAUCAUAGGGAGUAUUUAAUAUUUAUAGAUAGAUAUAAUAUAUUAAAGCUUUUAGGGGAGAUGGAGAUGUAAGUGGGGGGUGGUGGGUGGGCUUUUCUUUAUGAGAUGUUUAUAUGUGUUUAUAUUUUGCAAACGAAAAUAAGAUGAAAAAAGAAAAAAAGGAGAAGAAUGGGAGUAAACAAAAAAAAAAGAAAAAAAA